AUCAAGCUCAAUUAAGGAAAUCCUGAGUUCAGAUUCAACCUUGAGAGUUGUAUCGCGAUGAGCUGGUUAUAUGCCCUGGUCUCGAAAAAAAAUUAUCUACACCAAAAACUUUUUAAUAGUAGGUAAGAUAGAUCAAGCAUAAUCAGAACGACUGAUAUCAACCUACAACCUAGUAUAAAAUGGCCGGUCAUUCUCACAGAUCCACCGUCAAGAAUGGUCAUAAGCCAUUCAAGUCAAGACACUCCUCCAAAGGUGCUAUCAAAAACAAAACAAAAGGUAAAAUUGAAAAGGAAUCCAAUUCACUCAAACAGAAGAAAGGCUCUAGUAAGCUUGAACGUAAAAACUUGGCUAAACAAUUGAGAGAAAACAAAAUCACACAAACUGCUGAAAUCAGAAAAGUAUUUGAUGGUGUCCAUGGUGCAGAGAAAAUCAUCACCGUGAUCCCAUUAACUGAUGAUGUCACCCCAGAAGAGAUUGUGAAUAAGCUUAUUGAUACAGCUAAUACAGAAGAUGCUUCAAUGAUCCAAGGUCCAUCUGUCACUUCAGUCAGAAUAAACAAAUAUAAGUCAAACCUAAAGUUCAUUAUUCCAGAUUUCAAUAAUUUUGUGUCAAUUCUAGACGCUGCUAAAGUUGCAGAUUAUGUAGUGUUUGGUUUAUCAGGUACUUCAGAAGUUGAUCCUGAAUAUGGUGAACAAAUUAUCAGAGCAUUAGAACUACAAGGUAUUGGACAUGCUAUGGGUGUUGUUACAAAUCUUUCUGUUGUUCAACCAAAGGAAAAAUUCCAACUUGAUUUGAAACAAUCAUUACAAAGUUACUUUAAGCAUUUCUUUCCUGCCGAAGAAAAAAUCUAUAACUUGGAAAACAGCUCAGAUGCUUUGGUGGCCAUUAGAACAUUAUGUCAAAGAUUCCCUAAAUCAAUCACUUGGAGAGAUUCUAGAGGUUGGAUUGUGGCUGAUGAAGUUAACUGGGAAAACUCUAACUCUCAAGAUGCACAAGAAGGUUAUUUGACUGUUGAAGGUACCGUAAGAGGUAUCGGUUUCAAUGCCAAUAGACUUGUUCAUAUUCCAGGUCAUGGUGAUUUCCAAAUUGAACGCAUAGAAAGAAUUCAAAGAAAUGAUCUUGAAGCUUUUAAUGCAGAUGAGAAUCAAGAGACACUUGAUGAACUUGCUCCAAAUGAACUUUCAAUGGAAGAUUGGGAAGAUGAAGAAGAAUAUAAUUAUGAUGAUGGCGAAGCUGUGAGAUAUGAUAAUGGUUAUUUACCUGCUGAAAAAGUUGAGAAAAAGAAGUUGAAUUUGCCAGAGGGUACUUCAGAUUACCAAGCAAAAUGGUUCUUAGAAGAUGAUAUUGUUGAAGACGAUGACGAAGAUCUUGAAGAUGAUGAAAUCACAAGUGAGCCAGAAUUAGUUGAUGAUGAUGAACAAAUGGAUGUUGAAGAUAUGCAAUCCGAACCUGCAGAUUUACAGAGUGAGAUGUUUGUUGAGCUAUCGCCUGAAGAAGAAGAACGUCAACUUCAAAUGUAUCGUGAAAAGGAAGAAGAAGAUUAUGAAUUCCCAGAUGAAGUUGAAUUAAACCCAACUGAAUCAGGUAAAGAAAGAUUAAAAAGAUUUAGAGGUUUGAAGAACUUGCAUAACUCAAUUUGGGAUUGUGAUGAAUAUGAUCCAAAGGCACCAUCAGAAUGGAGAAGAUUAUUACGUAUUUCUAAUUUCAAAGCUACUAAAAACAAAAUACUGAAGGAUUCAAUCAAAGAAGCACAAGUCACAACAGGAUCGAGAGUCAAACUUUACAUUAAAGCUCCACAAUUCAUCACAUCAAAGAUCUCCAACUGGAAAGAAAUUCCACUUAUAGUUUAUGGUUUGUUAGAACACGAACAUAAAAUGGCUGUUGUUAACUUCUCAAUUCAACCUUGGGAAGAUUAUGAAAAACCAAUUCCAUCUAAGGAUACAAUUGUUGUCCAAUACGGUCCAAGACGUCAAGUUAUUAAACCAUUAUAUUCAGCUGCAUCAAAUAACCCAAAUAAUGUCCAUAAAUAUGAAAGAUUCUUGCAUAAAGAUAGUGUUGGAAUUGCUACUGCUAUUGCACCAGCCAAUUUCACCAAUGCACCAGCCAUUUUCUUCAAACAAUCAUCAGAAUCACCAAAGAAGAUUGAAUUGCUUGGUAAAGGUUCAUUCUUGAAUGCUGAACAUCAAAGAGUUUUAGCAAAGAGAGCUAUCUUAACUGGUCAUCCAUUGAAAAUUCAUAAAAACGUUGUCACUAUCCGUUACAUGUUCUUCAAUGCAGAUGACAUUCAAUUCUUCAAAGCUGUUCCAUUAUUCACUAAAUCUGGUAGAUCAGGUUUCAUUAAAGAGAGUUUGGGUACUCAUGGUUAUUUCAAAGCAAAUUUCGAUGGAAAAAUCAGUUCACAGGAUACUGUUGCAAUGUCCUUAUACAAACGUGUUUGGCCAAGACCUUCAAUCAUGUGGACUCAAUAAGAGGUGUUUAUGCAUUAGAUUUUUAUGUAACGUUUUCAAUAUGGGGUUUAUCUAAAUUGUAGCAUUAUAAGCUGUAGCCUGUCAG